UCUCAAAGGGUUACUAUGCAAUUGCGACUGAUUUCUUGGUUUUUUAUCACUUUGAACUUUCUGGAAUACAUUGGCAGCCAGCACGCCUCCAGGGUACGGCGACAGGGAAGAAUGCAUCCUAACGUGAGCCAGGGUUGCCAAGGAGGGUGUGCUACAUGCUCUGACUACAAUGGAUGCCUGUCAUGUAAACCCAGGCUCUUUUUUGUUCUGGAGAGGAUUGGCAUGAAGCAGAUUGGAGUCUGUCUUUCCUCGUGUCCCAGCGGAUACUACGGGACGCGGUAUCCCGACAUUAACAAGUGUGCAAAAUGUAAAGCUGACUGUGAGACCUGCUUCACCAGAAACUUCUGCACAAAGUGUAAAAGUGGCUUUUACUUGUACAGUGGGAAGUGCCUUGAAAAGUGCCCCGAGGGGCUGGAAGCCAACAACCACACAAUGGAGUGCACCAGCAUUGUGCACUGUGAAGCUAGUGAGUGGAGUCCCUGGAGCCCUUGCACAAAGAGAGGAAAAACAUGUGGUUUCAGAAAAGGAAAUGAAGUAAGGUUCAGAGAGAUCGUACAGCAUCCGUCAGCAAGGGGCAAUCCUUGCCCAGCCACAAGCGAAAGCAGGAAAUGUAUUGUACAAAGAAAGAAAUGUCAGAAGGAAGGAAAAGGGAAAAAAACCAAGGAGGAGAAAAGGAAAAACUCCAAUAAGGAGGAAAACAAGGAGACGCGACAGGAAGGCAAAGGGCGAGCAGCCCGGAGGCAAAACCAAGAGCAGAGGGAAAGCAACAACAAAACGCAGGCGAAGAAAAGGAAAGCCCCAAACAAAGAGGAGAACCUGGCACCCAUUGACACUCCACACUAA